CACACACCACCAACGACGAAGACGACGGCAACGCGAACCACGGAAGCAGAAGCAAACAGAAGCAAAGCAGAAGACGCGGAGCAGAAGGAAAGGAAGACGAAGGAGGAAGGAAGCCAAGAGUGGUUCAAUUCAACAACGCCAAGAGUUGUGAUUCGAUUCAACAACGCCAACGCAACGACCAACAAUGAGUAAGCCUGGUGUCAAGUGGGAUGAGGACAACAUCCGCGAGACGUACCACCCAGCAGACAAGGACUAUGGCCACAUGAAGAUUGACGAACCAAACACACCUUACGAGCCUCCCCUUGAAAUGGAUCACGAAGAAGAUGACGACGAUGACGUGCCCAGCCUGAACCUUGAGGGCGAGUCGCCAAUCGUCUCCAACAUUCCCGUCAUCUCCGCCGAGGCACCCGAAGAGGAAUUCGCAGUCGAAGAGACGACAGAGAAGAAACACGUCAACUUCAUGAAGAAGCGGAAGGAGCACUACAAUAUGCGCGAGGCCAUGUUGCGGGCGCGCCAGCUCAUGGCAGAAGAGGGUGACGACGAAGAAGACGAAGAGGAAGACGAGGAGAAGAACGACGCAGAUGAGCAUGCGAAGACCAACGCUCAGCAGCAGCAACAACAGCAACAGCAAGCAACCCAGUCCGGCAGCCAGUAAAAGCAACAAAGGCUGCUCGCUGGCUUGCUCGAUUGCUUGCUUGCUUGGCUGCUUGCUCGCUCGGCGGUUUCUUGGCUGCUUGCUUAGUCGCCCACAUUGGUCACACUGCAUGAUGAUGAUCGUCUCACGCGCUUCCUGUCUGGGCUGGUUCACUUCUGUCCUGUGUUAACUAUCCCACAAUGAUGCCCUCCGCUCCCUGCGAAGACACGUCUCAACUCCCGCUAAAUGCUGCCAGGGCCGGGGGCGUUUAUUGAAACCAAACACAACAACGUCCGCCAACGCAUAUAACGUAUAAACGCACAUCGAUCAGCUCGC